AUGGGUCGUACCGAUUUGGAUCGAAUAUUAUCUAUAGAUCCAUCGUCAUUAACUGAUGAUGAUAUAGAGGAUCUUUAUCCUGCUAUGAUCAGUUGUGAUGUUGAUGAAAUUAGUAAUCUACAUAACCUACGAGUUCUAGUGAAACUCUCUCAAGAAAUACUACAAUACAAAGACAAUCAAGUUGAGUCGUUACUCUUAGAAUGUGGUAAAUUAAAAGAGACUAUUACUUCAUUGGAGCCUGAGUCUGCUAAGCGUAGAAAGAAAGAUUGGGAUACAUCUGAUAUAAAACAUGGAACUGGCAAUUUAUCUAAACAUUCGGAUAUAUCAGAGAGUGCUGAUUAUGAUGAUGAAUUACAAGGCAAAAAUAAUAAGAUUAAAAUUCUUAUGACAGAAUUAGAGAGCUUAGAAAAGGAUAAUGUAAUUUUGAAAGAGCAAUUAACAACACUGACACAAGAGAUGGAGGAUGCGACACAAAAAAUGAAUGAGAUGACAGAGGAAUUGUCUUCUGCUCAAAUGAAAUCUGUAGAAAGCAAAGCAAAAAUAUCGUACUUAGAGCAGGAAAAUACUGCAUUAGUUGCUCAAAUUGAGGAAAUAACUGCUCAGCAAAUAGAUAGGGAUCGCGUAAUAGAUGAGUUUGGCGCAGCAAUUGACACUAGAAUUAACGAAUGGAAGGCAAUACUGGAUGGGAAAGAUGCUGAAAUACAACGGCUACAGGAAAAUUUGUCACAGUCGGUUAUGCAAUCUGUGACGUCUGUUAAGGAACAAAAUAAAUCUGAAAUUGUUCAUUUGAACGAGGAAUUAGAACUUCGCGAUAAAAUUAUGACCGAAUUAAAAACAAAGCUGUCCGAGGCUGUAGAUGAAAUUAACGAAGGCGCGACGCUUAUAGAAAAGCUAAAAGCAGACGCACAAAAAGUGGGAAAGAAUAACAAAAAGAAACAGCACAAAGAUUUGUUAAAAAAAUUGCAAGACGCAAACGAGCAAGUAUCUAACUUGCAAAUUAAAUUAUCAGAAGCAGAAGAGGAUGCUCGGUUGAGGAGCAGUAAAUUGUGCGAAGUAUUAGCGACUUUGCGAAAAUACGAGGACGAAAAUCAAUCGCUAACCGAUGCACUAAAUGAAAUAAAAGUAUUGCAGAGUGAUCAGAAAGAUAGAAACGCGCAUAUAAAAGAUUUGGUUAACGUUGUUAAUAAACUAGAAAUGCUAAAUUCGUAUCAAGAAAUGGAGAUCAUAACUCUUAGAGAAAAGCUAGGCCUUCCAGAGGACGAGUCAGUGUGUAUACAGAGUGUAUUAGAGAAACGUAAGAAGGAAACAAAGAAGUUAGAAGUACUCAUGCAACAAAAUAAAAUACUCGCCGAAGAAAAUUUAGAAAUGAAAUCAGACAUAAGGAUAUUAAAAUAUAAGCUAAGUAAAACUUCAAAAGUGUUUGACUUCUCGGAUAACACAGUAGACGGUAGCACAGAAUUUUUACAUUCCACCAAAUUGCCAGAGUCCGAACUACAGUCAUUGUACCCUAAAGCGAUCAUGCAACAGGACAUGCAGCUAGUUUUAGAAGAGAACGAAGCUCUCAGAACGGGCAUGCAUGAGAUUUUGGACAGUAUACGUAAUCAAGACGGUAAAAGCGUAGUGGAAGUACAGUCGAGUACGUUAGAAAGAUUGUUAGAAGCGUUAGAUGUGAGACAUUUGGCUGGCUGGUAUCAUCCGGCAAUGAGGUUGCAGGAACAUUUAAAUGUUGUACAGGGUAGUAAUGCAGAAUUGCGAGGACAACUUAAACAAUUAAGAAAAGAAUUGCAAAGAAAGGACAAGGUAUUUCAGACUUUAGCCUUGCACAAUGGCACGGAGAUCGAGAAAAUGUACGCGGAAGAAUCCGACAGCGAGAAAACGAUGAUGUAUAUUUCCGAAAUGAGAAGGUUGCAAGAGGCGUACGCGAACGAGGCGGACGAAUGGGAAAAACAGAAGGAUUCGUUAGCGCAGCAGAACGACGAAUUGAGCACAGAGAUCGAGAAGUUGAAGUUGCAACUAGAUAUUUACGAGCAGAGUUUGAAAACUUUUGAGGAGAGCGACGGUGAGGUUCGAAAGGCUUUCGCGAUUAAGACCAAGGAGUACGCCGAAGCUGCCAGCGAGAUUCUUAUCGUGAACAGGAAUAACGCUGCUCUCCAACAGCUGCUAAAUAAAGAAACCAUGAAAUCCUAUGAGGAUCAGAAAGAGGCUAUAAAGAACGAGACGUAUUUGAGGAGAGCCUAUGCUGAUACAAACAAGCACAACAAGGUUCUCGAGAGGGAGAUUUCAAUGUUGCAAAGCAACUUGUCCAACUCGAUUAGCAAGAUAACGUACAACGAACUCAAGGAGAAGCACGACGAAUUGAACAUAAGAUAUCGUAAUUUGCUGGAGAACGAUAUGCUGUCGCGAAACGAUAACGAAACAGAGAUCUUGACGAACGAUUUGGAACUGCUGAAGCAAGAAAAGAAUCAACUGAUCGAGUUAUUACAGAAAGACUUUGGUCGCAUUAACGAGGAGGAUUUGACUCGUCAGUUGAAGGAAGCUAAGGCGAACGAGUUGUUGGAGAAGCAACGUGCAGACCACGUGACGAGCUUGCACGAAAUUUUACAGGUACAAUUAUCGAAAAGCGAAGAGAACGUCAAAGAAGCGAUCGCUGCCAAGUCUGAACUACAGGAGGAGCUGAUCAUUCUGCAUAAAAGGCUCUCGAAGGACGCGUGUUUCGAGAAGACUGCACCUCUGGACGACAACAGGAUUCAAGAAUUAAAGGAUAAUAAUGCCGCGUUGCAGUUGGAGAACGAAAAAUUGACGAAGCUGAUUCAAAUUUCCGAGGAAGCCGCCGAACGACAGUACUCGUUGAACACGUUGAACACGUUGGAGCUGGACAACCUGAGGCAUCAGAUUUUGGACUUGCAGGCCGUCAGCGAAGACAAAGCCACGAUUUCGAGGCUGAACUUCGAACUGACCAGCAAAACAACGUCUGAAAUGGAACUGAACUCGCAGAAAACACGGCUCGAGAACGAAACGUCCUGUUUGCAGGAGGAACUCGACAAGGCAAGAACAACUUGCGAAGGUUUGCGCUCUUACGUUCAGGAUUGUCGUAAACAAUGCGAAUCGCGUUGCAGAACGUACGUAGAUAUUAUAGGGUUCUUGCAGAACCAAUAUGCAGGUUCUUCUUCGAUCAGUGCUUUAGAUAGAAUAGCAUCGUUAUCCUUCAAAUUGAGGGACGAGCGACGAAACAUUGAUUCCGAAUUAAAAAAUGCUAGAGAGUGUCGCGAAAGCGCCAAGGUGCAACAAGAAACGUUGACCAAUCGACUGCAAAUUGUCGAGAGUUUGAAGGAUAUUUUAGAGCAACAGAUCGGAAGUAACAGCGUGCAGGACAUUGUGCAGCGUUUUUCCGAAUACUCGCAGUACACUUUAAACGAUUUCAAGUACAAGAGAAAAAUAACGCAACUGGAGUACGAGUUACAAAUUGCGAAUAACAAAUUCAUGGAGUACGACGAGCUAGUGACGAGCAUGGAACAGGACAUGAUACAGACACAGAAGGUUUGGGCGAAAGGGCAAGACCAAGAAGCGAAAGUGGACACGCGUAAUACGGGAACGAGUCCCGUGUGUUGCGAAAAUAAACACGAGUCGGUCCAGGCAACUACGACGACGAAAUCGGGGGAGAUACAGACGGAUCCGUACAAUUGUUGCCUGGAGAAGAAGGACACGAGCGAAGCCGAGAUCCAGACUGCCUCCCCGCUGAGAAGAAUGGGGCUAGAAGGAGAAUCACCUUCGGAGGAGAAGAAAAUAGAACAGACCGAGCGUACGGGAUACAAGGACGUAGAAACAAAGCAAGAAGAAAAACUAACGCGCUCGGGAACGGAGACCGAGCAGAGAGGACAGACAAUGAAAACGAACGCGGAGGUGGAAGGGAACAGCGGACACGAGGUGUCCUUGGUUCGCGAGCAAUUAAGUCAGACUUUAAAAAUCGCCUCCGAACGGUCCGCGACAUUAGUCAAGUACGAAUCGCAGAUAGCGGAGUACCAAAGGAAGGUGGAGACAUUGAACAAAACGAUAGAAAGCAAGGAUUCGCAAUUAACGCAGAAGGAAACGCUGCUGGAGGAGUACAGGCUGUCGUCUCAGUCGCAGCCUCCCAGCGUCGACCACACCGACAAGCUUGCGCUGAAGUCGACGAUAAACAGUUUGCAGAGACUCGUCGGUCAGAAGGAGGAGACCAUAGCCAGGUAUCAGAAUCUGCUGAAGGAGGACAGGGACGAGCACAGCAGAGCCGCUGCACGUCUGCAGGCUGAGAUCAAGAGUCUGCACGCUCGGAUUCAGGCGAUGCAGACCGAGGUUCUCAAGUCUGUUCAGCAGAAGAGUGAAACGGUCGAGUCAGAGAAAUUGCUGACGGACGAGUUGGUCGAGAUCGCGGUGAAAACCGAUGCGAAAAGCAACGCCAUGCAAACUGAGGAAGCUGCCAGGCUUCGUGAAAAGGUCUCGACUCUCGAGGCGAAUCUGAACAUCACCAAAGAGCUCAGCGAUCGCUGGCACUUGCUGGCUGAGGAAAGGCUGGGACACAUGGAUCGUAUGAGGGAAAGGCUCGAAGAACAGCACAAAAACGAACUCGAAAGUUAUCGCGAAGAACUGAAAAAGUGGCAAUCCGAGACGGACGUACUUCGUAAACAGCUGGCUGAGAAUCGUAUGUUGCUCACGAAGGGAAACAUUUCGUUGAUGAAGGAGAUGCAGGAGAGGGAUAGCAAAAUUCACGAGCUCAGUCUCGCGUGUCAACAGCUAGAGAACGAGGUCGAGUUAAGGGAGUCUGCGACUAGAUCUCAGCGAGCAAUAACGCAUUGCGAGUCGGAAAGGAAGACGCACGAAAUCACGUUGGCCUUCAGUCGCGAUCAGUCGCAGCAACAAGCGCAGACUGAGAUCGUGCGCAAGCAAUUGCAAUCGUUAUUGGAAAAGGAGAAAACGUAUAAGAACGAAAUAUCCGAUUUGAAGCAACAACUCAGUCGCAGAUACAUGGCUGUUAAGUCGCAAGAGAAGAAAACUUCGCAGCGCGAAACGCAGCUCGAGCGCAAAGUAAAAAGUUUGGAAGAGGAGUUAGAGAGGGCGCGAACUCGGUUAGAUCGCGAAUAUUUGGCCCAAGAAGCGAAGAAAGCUAAGACCGCGGAGGAACUAUCGUUGUGGGAAAAGCAAAAGAGGUGGCAACAAACCGCCGAAAAGUUGAAAGAGAAACUCAAGGAAAAGACAGACGAGUACGGAAAAUUGCUUUUGAGUUACGACAAGCUUCGAUCGGUAGUGAUGUGCAUGGAAAGGGAGAAAUGGAACUUGAAGAGCAAACGAAAAAUGGAGAACAGCACCAUAGCUGGGGGUCUAUCCGCCAGACCUAUAACAACCUCGCAACAGAAUUUAACGGACGAGUUUCAGAAAGAGUGUCAGACUCUACGGGAUCGUAUCAAAGAAUUAACAGAUCGAUUAGAGAACGAGGACAACGAGAAACUUUUGCUUAAAAUCGAAGAACAAAAGAGACGCAUCGCCGCCUUAGAAAUUGUUUCUCAGGGUAACAGCACAGUGGCUAUUCAAUUAGAAAAGUUACAAAUGGCCAAGGACAUUCUCGAGAAAAUGAAUUUAGCCUUCGAGAGUGAAAAUUUCGAGCUCAGACUCGAGUUAGAAAAGGCGAACUCGAACGUGCCGAGGUUGAGGGAAAAGAUCGAGCACUUGGAGAAAUAUAUAGAGCUGUUGAAAGUAGAGAAAUCGUCGGAUUCGUCGCCAAGGUUGUUGGACAAAGAUAUUCAAGACCACGGUACGAAAAAGUCCACCUUGGAAAUGGAGAAGACGAUUUUCACGUUGAAACGAAUCAUCGAGAAAUUGCAAGUGGAGAACAAGCGAUUGAGGACGGGUUCGAAAGCUAGCUACCUCAUGCAUCAGGGCAAGUUCUCGGGUAGACAGAGCGAGAGCAUUCUGCAAAAACAGUACGAGGAAGCGCAGAAACGCGUGGUAGCGUUGGAAACGGAUUUACAGCUGGCCGAGCAGAGAUUAGCUGCUUUCGAGAAGGCACAGAGGGAGGACGAUAGCGGGGAGAUAAUGGUUUUGAAGGAACAAUUGAGCCAAAAGUCGGAGCUCUUAGAUAAAGUAAAACAUUUAUUAUCGAGGGCGGCCGUGAACGAAAAAAGUCUUCGGCAGCGUGUACAGCAGCUGGAGUCGAGGCAAGCGUUGUCCAUCAUACCUGAGUGCUACGUAACGCCUGCUACUGCGGAAUAAUCAUCGUUUGCUCGAGCAACGCGACGUCGCGUUUUCUCUUCGUUUCGUAAAC